AUGUCCAUCUCCGUCAAUACAUCGUUGGCCAAGAACAACGGGCGCAUACGCCUUUUAGAAGCCCAUGAUCGCGCUUCGAAAGAAGUCAUCCGAAGAACAGUCAGCAAGGAUGGCAAGAGCUUUCACGGCUUUUGGAUCAGUGGCUUGACUCAGACCACGCACCUUGGUAUUCCUGACACUGAGAUCAUCUCGCCUUUGAAACGAGCGUCCUUGUUCAAUUUCGAUGACCAUUUGUACGAAAACGACAAACGUCCACUUUGCGCAGCUUUCGAUGCUGACAGCGGUGGCGCUUUGACUGAUAUCCCGGCACUUGUUGCCAUCCUUGCGAUCAAGGGAGUUUCGAUGAUCAUCAUCGAAGACAAGGCCUUGACGGAGCCGGGAAAGAAGGUCAACUCGCUGAAGGAGACCUCCGGUUCUCAGUUACAGGCUGAUCCUCACAAGUUUGUCAAAACGCUGAAAGCUUUCAAAUUAGCUUCAGUCGGCAGGGACAUGCUCGUCACAGCCAGAAUUGAAAGUCUGACUACCCGCAUCGCCAAGAAGGACCCAGUUGAGGAACAAGCUUCCAUUCAGGCAGCGCUUCAAGAUGCGCAGGAGCGUGCUGCUAUCUAUAAAGAAGGCGGGGCAGAUGCCAUCAUGAUCCAUAGCAAAGCCAAGGAGCCCGAUGAGAUCCUCAGUUUUCUUCGAGCUUUCCGAGCCCACGAUAACGCGACGCCGUUGGUAGUGGUGCCGACGACAUACUCCAGAACAGCGCGCACCACUCUGUACGACGCAGGUGCUAACGUCAUCAUCUACGCGAACCAUCUCAUCCGUGCCAGAAUCAAGGCUGUGGCUCCCGUAACAGACAAACUGCUAGAUGAGAAACCCACCCUUUUCGCAAAUGAGACCGAGCUGCGCGCGUGUGUGGAUGCCCAAAACUACGCACACCUCCUCAAUAGGUUGACGGAAAAGAUUCUGGCAGGCACUGGUGACAAAAAGGCUGAGGAAUAUCGUGCUUUGGCUGAGCGCCAUGCGAUCGAGAACAUGAAGACUGUUGUUCAAGACCUUGUUGAUGGCGACCUAGCGGGGUGCGAAGGCGACCACCGUAUCAUUCCUGUGACAGAGCUGUUAAAGAUCAACGCUCGUCAAGUGUCUGUGGGCUAA